AUGGAUCAAGCUGCUCGCAAACAUGUUGAAAAACACUGGGCUCCAAAUCAAGGAGUUAAAAGACUUCUAUCUUUGCCAAUUGAUUUGCCUGGCUUUGCUUACAAUGGUGCAAUCAAAGCAGGGAAAGCGUUGCGCAAAGAAGUGAUGAAAAUCAUUAGGCAAAGAAAGGGGGAGGUAAUGGAGAACAAAGAGGCAACAGAAAAACGAGACAGUUUGACGCAAAUGCUUCUUUUUACAGAUGAAGAUGGCCAGUUCAUGAGUGAAAUGGAGAUUGAAAACAACAUAAUAUCUCUAUUGCUGGCCAGCUACGUAUCAACCAGUAAUGCAGUUAAUUUUUUCUUGAUACACCUUGCUGAGCUUCCCCGUAUCUAUGAUGAAGUCUUCAAAGGCAAGAAAACUGAUUUCAUCAAAGUAGUUCAGACGAAUCAAUAUAUCUAUGGUGUAUAUUGA